CGCCGGCACGUGUGGAGGGCGGACCAGCCAGGGGUCGAGGCCUGCCCCUCCGAGAGCUCCUGGUGCGGCCGUCCCGGCCCGGGACCCCAGGUGCGCUUCGUCUAGAGAGGGAUUUUCCGGUCUCGUGGGCAGAGGAACAACCAGGAACUCGGGCUCAGUCUCCACCCCACAGUGGGGCGGAUCCGUCCCCGAUAAGACCCGCUGUCUGGCCCUGAGCAGGGUGUGACCUCCGCAGUCGCAGAGGAGGAGCGCAGCCCGGCCUCGGUCCAGACUUUAGGCAGAUAAGGGAACUUCAGAGAACAACCUUGGGAGAGACAGAGGAUUGAGAGACAGGAGAAGAACUUCUGCUUGGGUGGCUGAACUCUGAUCUUGACCUAGAGUCAUGGCCAUGAGAUGAGGUUUCACCAUGUUGCCCAGUCUGGUCUCAAACUCCUGGGCUCAAGAGAUCUGCCUGCCUCAGCCUCCCAAAGUGCUGGGAUUACUGGGGCAACCAAAGGAGGUACUGUCAAAGCUGCUUCAGGAUUCAAUGCCGUGGAAGAUGCCCAGACCCUGAGGAAGGCCAUGAAAGGGCUCGGCACCGAUGAAGAUGCCAUUAUUAGCAUCCUUGCCUACCGCAACACCGCCCAGCGCCAGGAGAUCAGGACAGCCUACAAGAGCACCAUCGGCAGGGACUUGAUAGACGACCUGAAGUCAGAACUGAGUGGCAACUUCGAGCAGGUGAUUGUGGGGAUGAUGACGCCCACGGUGCUGUAUGACGUGCAAGAGCUGCGAAGGGCCAUGAAGGGAGCCGGCACUGAUGAGGGCUGCCUAAUUGAGAUCCUGGCCUCCCGGACCCCUGAGGAGAUCCGGCGCAUAAGCCAAACCUACCAGCAGCAAUAUGGACGGAGCCUUGAAGAUGACAUUCGCUCUGACACAUCGUUCAUGUUCCAGCGAGUGCUGGUGUCUCUGUCAGCUGGUGGGAGGGAUGAAGGAAAUUAUCUGGACGAUGCUCUCGUGAGACAGGAUGCCCAGGACCUGUAUGAGGCUGGAGAGAAGAAAUGGGGGACAGAUGAGGUGAAAUUUCUAACUGUCCUCUGUUCCCGGAACCGAAAUCACCUGUUGCAUGUGUUUGAUGAAUACAAAAGGAUAUCACAGAAGGAUAUUGAACAGAGUAUUAAAUCUGAAACAUCUGGUAGCUUUGAAGAUGCUCUGCUGGCCAUAGUAAAGUGCAUGAGGAACAAAUCUGCAUAUUUUGCUGAAAAGCUCUAUAAAUCGAUGAAGGGCUUGGGCACCGAUGAUAACACCCUCAUCAGAGUGAUGGUUUCUCGAGCAGAAAUUGACAUGUUGGAUAUCCGGGCACACUUCAAGAGACUCUAUGGAAAGUCUCUGUACUCGUUCAUCAAGGGUGACACAUCCGGAGACUACAGGAAAGUACUGCUUGUUCUCUGUGGAGGAGAUGAUUAAAAUAAAAAUCCCAGAAGGACAGGAGGAUUCUCAACACUUUGAAUUUUUUUAACUUCAUUUUUCUACACUGCUAUUAUCAUUAUCUCAGAAUGCUUAUUUCCAAUUAAAACGCCUACAGCUGCCUCCUAGGAUAUAGACUGUCUGUAUUAUUAUUCACCUAUAAUUAGUCAUUAUGAUGCUUUAAAGCUGUACUUGCAUUUCAAAGCUUUUAAGACAUAAAUGGAGAUUUUAAAAUAGAAAUAAAAAUGCAUUCCAUGUUUUUAAAAGAUUACUUUCUACUUUGUGUUUCACAGACAUUGAAUAUAUUAAAUUAUUCCACAUUUUCUUUUCAGUGAAAAAUUUUUUAAAUGGAAGACUGUUCUAAAAUCACUUUUUUCCCUAAUCCAAUUUUUAGAGUGGCUAGUAGUUUCUUCAUUUGAAAUUAUAAGCAUCCGGUCAGUAAGAAUGCCCAUCCAGUUUUCUAUAUUUCAUAGUCAAAGCCUUGAAAGCAUCUACAAAUCUUUUUAGGUUUUGUCCAUAGCAUUAGUUGAUCCUUACUAAGUUUUUCAUGGGAGACUUCCUUCAUCACAUCUUAUGUUGAAAUCACUUUCUGUAGUCAAAGUAUACCAAAACCAAUUUAUCUGAACAAACUAAAUUCUAAAGUAUGGUUAUACAAACCAUAUACAUCUGGUUACCAAACAUAAAUGCUGAACAUUCCAUAUUAUUAUAGUUAAUGUCUUAAUCCAGCUUGCAAGUGAAUGGAAAAAAAAAUAAGCUUCAAACUAGGUAUUCUGGGAAUGAUGUAAUGCUCUGAAUUUAGUAUGAUAUAAAGAAAACUUUUUUGUGCUAAAAAUACUUUUUAAAAUCUUUUUCAAUUUUGUUGAUUGUAGUAAUUUCUAUUUGCACUGUGCCUUUCAACUCUAGAAACAUUCUGAAGAUGUACUUGGAUUUAAUUAAAAAGUUCACUUUGUAA